AUGGAGCACCACCUCACUAUAGCAACACGGGUCACGGGUAACCGACGGAGGGAACCACAGGGAGGGACAGAAUCCCAAAAUGUUGGAACAGUGAAGAGGGGAGGGGAGGGGGGAAUAGAGAAGAGGGGGUUAAAGGGGAGAAGCAAGAAGGAAGAGAGAAGAGAGAGAGAGAGAGAGAGAGAGAGAGAGAGGAAGGGUAGAGACUGUGUGUGCCGGAGGGACGUGGAAAAGCCGAAGAAGGCAGGCAAGAAAAUAAAUUUGUACCAUGAUUCCUACAGUUCCGAACAGCAGGACGGGCUCUGCUCAACCAAGGGCAGAAAAGAGGUAAAUAUUCCGGGUAAAGAUCUGGAAGUUGUAUAUAUGAGUCCGCCCAUAACUAUCAUGCGGGCCGUAUUAUUACCAACAACCAGUGUGGUGUCUGUCUUAAAAGUCAAGGCUUAUGAAAUUGAAGGUCGGGAGAAUGCGUGGGUGGCAGCUUACCUCCCCCAGCCAGUCAUCCCACUCUUUGACUCCCAGCAAGUCAGUCAGUCAGUCCUUUCCAGCAACCCCUCACUUCCCCUCUAUGCCCAAGCCCAAAAAAAACCCUUUGACUGGCGACUGUCCUAA